GCGGCGCAAUCCGGAAAAAGAGGAAAGAGGAAGUUAAAGUGACAGUCGCGGACAUUUUGGUCUCCCCCCCAAAAAUUGGGACAAUUUGUGCGCUUUUUUGCGGUCUCUGUAAGUUAAAAAAAAAUGUUUUCCUUGUCAACGACCGUUCAACCGCAGGUGACAGUUCCCCUGAGUCACCUCCUCAACGUGCUCCAUGCCCUGAAGAACUCGGUGGGAAGCAGCAGCACCAUCAGCAAAUCAAGACUACCCAGUGAUCAUGUCGCUAAGUCAGAACUACAUAACCCAGAGCCCCUGUGGAACCUACGGGAACUUGGCCUGUCAGACCUGGGUGCCCAGCAGUUGAAGGAGCUGCAGAUGAGGGUGUUGCCGUGUCUGAAUCCACAGGAAACACCACCUGCGUUAGCCACUGCUGGUCAGACAGUCUGGAGAACAUCCCACCUUUCCACACACUCUUUUUUUGUAAACAAGCACGGGUUCUCAAGUCAAAUGUCAGCCCCCAUUUUUGUCAGGCAGAACCCUGGUCCUCUUCAUUCAAUCUGCACCGAGCUGCACCACACAUCAGUGUGCCUCCAGCGCAGAGGCUUUAAAACGUUGAGGAGCAGAAGCAAAAGACAGCAGUCAGCCUACGAGCGCCCAGUAGAGUUUGAUGGUUUUCCUCCGUCUUUCAUGAAGGGCUUCCUAGCACGUGACAAGGGGAUCGACGCGGAAAGUCUUGACAGUCGAGCGAAAAGCGGGAACCUACCUGAUGGACAGCCUGAUUCCUUUAACCGAGGCUUCACUGAGGGGUUUCUUAAAGCUCAAAAUCUGACACAACGCACACACGACUCCCAGAGAAGGAAUCGUCUCAUUCUGUUGGUGUUGCUUCUUGUUGGGCUCUACGGCAUCUCAAAGACACCAUUCUUAUCGGUGCGGUUCCGAACCACAACAGGCCUGGACUCCUCGGUGGAUCCCGUCCACUUGAAAAAUGUGACAUUUGAACACGUCAAAGGCGUGGAGGAAGCGAAGAACGAGCUGCAGGAUGUGGUGGAGUUCCUGAAAAAACCCCAGAAGUUCACAGCUUUGGGAGGGAAACUGCCAAAAGGUGUCCUUCUAGUGGGUCCACCGGGGACUGGUAAGACCCUACUGGCCAGAGCAGUAGCAGGAGAGGCUGACGUCCCUUUUUACUACGCCUCGGGGUCGGAGUUUGAUGAGAUGUUUGUUGGAGUUGGAGCCAGCCGCAUCCGGAACCUUUUCAGGGAGGCUAAAGCUAAUGCUCCUUGUGUGAUCUUUAUCGACGAACUGGACAGUGUGGGUGGGAAAAGGAUCGAGUCCCCAAUGCACCCUUAUUCCAGACAGACCAUCAACCAACUGCUUGCUGAGAUGGAUGGGUUCAAAACAAAUGAAGGGGUCAUCAUUAUUGGAGCCACCAACUUCCCAGAGGCCUUAGAUAAUGCCCUCAUCCGCCCGGGUAGAUUUGACAUGCAGGUCACUGUCCCCAAACCAGAUGUGAAAGGACGCACGGAGAUCCUCAACUGGUACCUAAGGAAGAUUAAAGUGGACCCAGCUAUUGAGGCCAAGAUUAUUGCACGGGGCACGGUGGGAUUCUCCGGCGCGGACUUGGAAAACCUGGUGAACCAGGCUGCCCUCAAGGCCGCAGUAGAUGGUAAAGACAUGGUCACCUUGAAGGAGCUGGAGUUUGCCAAAGACAAAAUCCUGAUGGGCCCAGAGAGAAGGAGUGCGGAAAUUGACCAAAAGAACAAGAUCAUCACAGCGUACCAUGAAUCAGGCCAUGCUAUCGUAGCUUAUUAUACCAAAGACGCCAUGCCCAUCAACAAGGCUACUAUUAUGCCGCGGGGCCCAAGUCUGGGACAUGUGUCCAUGCUGCCAGAUGAUGAUCGCUGGAGCGAGACGCGUGCUCAGUUACUGGCUCAGAUGGACGUCAGCAUGGGCGGGCGUGUGGCAGAGGAGAUCAUAUUUGGCCACGAGUACAUCACAACAGGAGCAUCCAGUGACUUUGAUAGCGCCACCAAGAUCGCUAAGAUGAUGGCGACCAGAUUUGGAAUGUGCGAAAAGCUGGGUGUGAUGACCUACGCUGAUAUGACCGAGCAGAGUCCAGAAACUCAAGCGGCUGUGGAGACCGAAAUCCGGGUGUUGCUGAGGGAGUCCUACGAGCGGGCCAAGGCCCUCCUGAAGUCUCACGCCAAAGAGCACAAGAACCUCGCUGACGCGCUGCUCUCCUACGAGACGCUGGAUGCCAAAGAGAUCCAGCUGGUCUUGGAGGGAAAGACUCUGGAGACCAGAUGAACCAAGACAGGACAACAAACAGUAAAGCGUAAUAGUUUUUUUUUUUUUUAUUUCUACGGCACUCAGGGCUGGUAGAAGAACCUCAAAAUCAGAGCAUUGGAACAUUUCAGUGAGGUUAUCAAAUGGACUUUAUCCCCACUGGAGCAGGUUUGUCCUUGUUGCUUGUUUACUGACAGGUCAAAUUUGUGCUUUAUGAGGAUGUUCUUAUACCUCCUUCACGAUACAGAGUCACAAUGUUGACACAAAUACCUAAAUCUUGUGUUAUGUAGCUCAGGGUAGCUGGGAGGGACUAGUAUGUGAAUGUAAAUAUGCACCAUAUACCUGCUAGUAAGACUAUCCUGUAAAUGAUUGGGUGAUUUGGGUUCAGCUGUACGCCGUAAUGUUAUCUGAUCCAAAUUAUAAACUACCUUUUAGCAACUCUCACUUGAAUGCUAUUGCUGGUUUUUCCCGCUAAUGUGGCCUUUUGGGGAAUGUACUGCAUAUUUCUUUUCCCCGGUACAUUUUCAUUUUCAAGAUGCACCACUUUUAAAAUGUACACAUUAAUAAUGUGAACUGUUGUGCUGUACAGUACAGGUCAAAAGUUUGGACACACCCUCUCAUUCAAUGCGUUUUCUUAAUUUUCAUGACUAUUUACAUUGUAGAUUGUCACUGAAGGCAUCAAAACUAUGAAUGAACACAUGUGGAGUUAUGUACUUAACAAAAAAAAGGUGAAAUAACUGAAAACAUGUUUUAUAUUCUCGUUUCUUCAAAAUAGCCACCCUUUGCUCUGAUUACUGCUUUGCACACUCUUGGCAUUCUCUGGAUGAGCUUCAAGAGGUAGUCACCUGAACUGGUUUUCACUUCACAGGUGUCAUAGUUUUGAUGCCUUCAGUGACAAUCUACAAUGUAAAUAGUCAUGAAAACUCAUUGAAAUGAGAAGGUGUGUCCAAACAUUUGGACUGUACUGUACAUCAAAAUGAGGUUGGAAUGUUAUGAGCAUACAUCAUAUUAGAAAAAGUUUCAUUAUAAUUAUACCAAACAAUACAUUACAAGAAUUUUAAUUUAGGUGCCCCAAAAAAAUCACACCUGCAAUCCUGUCCUUUUAGUUAUUGAAAACCCCAAAUUUUCGGAGAUUUUCAAUUUGAGGUUGGAUAAGCUGUGAACCAUAAUCAUCAAAACUACAGUAUAGACCAAAAGUUUGGACACACCUUCUCAUUCAAUGCGUUGUCUUUAUUUCCAUGACUAUUUACAUUGUAGAUAGUCACUGAAGGCAUCAAAACUAUGAAUGAACACAUGUGGAGUUAUGUACUUACGAACUGAAAACGUGUUAUAUUCUAGUUUCUUCAAAAUAGCCACCCUUUGCUCUGAUUACUGCUUUGCACACUCUUGGCAUUCUCUGGAUGAGCUUCAAGAGGGUUUUCACUUCACAGGUGUCGUAGUUUUGAUGCCUUCAGUGACAAUCUACAAUGUAAAUAGUCAUGAAAAUAAAGAAAAUUCAUUGAAAUGAGAAGGUGUGUCCAAACGUUUGGACUGUACUGUACAUCAAAAUGAGGCUGGAAUGUUAUGAGCAUACAUCAUAUUAGAAAAAGUUUCAUUAUAAUUAUACCAAACAAUACAUUACAAGAAUUUUAAUUUAGGUGCCCCAAAAAAAUCACACCUGCAAUCCUGUCCUUUUAGUUAUUGAAAACCCCAAAUUUUCUGAGAUUGUCAAUUCGAGGUUGGAUAAGCUGUGAACCAUAAUCAUCAAAAUUACAGUAUAGACCAAAUGUUUGGACACACCUUCUCAUUCAAUGCGUUUUCUUCAUUUUCAUGACUAUUUACAUUGUAGAUUGUCACUGAAGGCAUCAAAACUAUGAAUGGACACAUGUGGAGUUAUGUACUUACGAACUGAAAACGUAUUAUAUUCUAGUUUCUUCAAAAUAGCCACCCUUUGCUCUGAUUACUGCUUUGCACACUCUUGGCAUUCUCUGGAUGAACUUCAAGAGGGUUUUCACUUCACAGGUGUCGUAGUUUUGAUGCCUUCAGUGACAAUCUACAAUGUAAAUAGUCAUGAAAAUAAAGAAAAUUCAUUGAAAUGAGAAGGUGUGUCCAAACGUUUGGACUGUACUGUACAUCAAAAUGAGGCUGGAAUGUUAUGAGUAUACAUCAUAUUAGAAAAAGUUUCAUUAUAAUUAUACCAAACAAUACAUUACAAGAAUUUGAAUUCAGGUGCCCCAAAAAAUCACACCUGUAAUCCUGUCCUUUUAGUUAUUGAAAACCCCAAAUUUUCUGAGAUUGUCAAUUCGAGGUUGGAUAAGCUGUGAACCAUAAUCAUCAAAGUACAGUAUAGACCAGAAGUUUGGACACACCUUCUCAUUCAAUGCGUCUUCUUUAUUUUCAUGACUAUUUACAUUGUAGAUUGUCAAUGAAGGCAUCAAAACUAUGAAUGAACACAUGUGGAGUUAUGUACUUACGAACUGAAAACGUGUUAUAUUCUAGUUUCUUCAAAAUAGCCACCCUUUGCUCUGAUUACUGCUUUGCACACUCUUGGCAUUCUCUGGAUGAGCUUCAAGAGGGUUUUCACUUCACAGGUGUCGUAGUUUUGAUGCCUUCAGUGACAAUCUACAAUGUAAAUAGUCAUGAAAACUCAUUGAAAUGAGAAGGUGUGUCCAAACGUUUGGCCUGUACUGUACAUCAAAAUGAGGCUGGAAUGUUAUGAGCAUACAUCAUAUUAGAAAAAUUUUCAUUAUAAUUAUACCAAACAAUACAUUACAAGAAUUUGAAUUCAGGUGCCCAAAAAAAUCACACCUGUAAUCCUGUCCUUUAGUUAUUGAAAACCCCAAAUUUUCUGAGAUUGUCAAUUCGAGGUUGAAUAAACUGUGAACCAUAAUCAUCAAAAUUACAGUAUAGACCAAAAGUUUGGACACACCUUCUCAUUCAAUGCGUUUUCUUUAUUUCCAUGACUAUUUACAUUGUAGAUUGUCACUGAAGGCAUCAAAACUAUGAAUGAACACAUGUGGAGUUAUGUACUUAACAAAAAAAAGGUAAAAUAACUGAAAACAUGAUUUAUAUUCUAGUUUCCACAAAAUAGCCACCCUUUGCUCUGAUUACUGCUUUGCACACUCUUUGCAUUCUAUGGAUGAGCUUCAAAAGAUAGUCACCUGAACUGGUUUUCACUUCACAGGGUUGAUUAGUGGAUUUCCUUGCUUUAUCAAUGGGGUUGGGACCAUCAGUUAUGUUGUGAAUGAGGUGUGUCCAAACUUUUGGCCUGUCACGGUGUGACAAAAAAAACUACCGCAGAGUUGAUAUGUUUGCGUUAAGUACUUGCCAAUCAUCAGUGGUUACCAGGAAAAUACCAAACUUUUUUCACUCAAAGUGCAUAGGAACCUUAUUAGCAGUCGCUCCAAAUGUAUUGCAUUAUGGAAGGAAGGUUUUGUUAAUAGCAGACACGUUUUAUUAGUAUUCCAAUUUUAGUUUUGUUUGCACUCUGGCAUUUUCACCCAGAUUGGGAUGUAAUGAGAGAAUUGUAAAUAAAUACAGUAGACACA